UAUUUUUGUUGUCAGUCAGCACUCCUAUGUCAACAGUCGUGAUGUUAGAUUAAACGCUUGGUUUUAAAUAAAAUCACUUAAAAUGCCUUAUAAAAGGUGUUGUAUUAUGAAAUGCCCUAUGGGUGAGACUGAUUUACAUGUAUUUCCUUGUGCUGAAAAGGAUAAAGAAAGAAGACAGCAAUGGAUGCGUAUUUUUGGUUUAAAAACAUUGCCUAAAUAUGCCUAUGCAUGUAACAGGCAUUUUUCUGAUAGCAUGAAAACGGCGAAACAUUUAAAAAAAAAAUCUUUUCCGGAUCAGAAUUUAGAAAAAUACUCGUCUUUUACGCAAAUGGCUAGCAUAAAUAAAACACUUGUUGCUUCCACUGACAACAAAGUAUGCAGCACAUGUUGUGAGGAACCACCAGUAGAUGAAAUAAAUAGCAUUGAUACGAUGGAAGAUAUUGAUAUACUUAAAGAAAACCUAAAACUUCAGGAAAAAGAGAUUCAAUAUUUAAAAUUGGAAAAAGAGAGGCUUAUCAAAAAACUUAAAAUUAUAUACAAAAUGCAGAAGGGAAUGGCAAACGAAGAGGAACGACCCUCAACUAUGUUCAAUGCUUUUAACGAAACAACACACAUAAACUGCCCCAGCUAUGAAAAAUUCACCGGAAAUGGUUUGAUAAAUUCUUCUGUGUGUGUCACAAAAAAAGACCAUGAUAAAAGCAUAACCAAAUGCUGCGCAUUGGUGGAGGUAACUUCCGACAAAAAAGUUUACAGUAUUCGUUGCAUUAGUUGCACCGAAGAAUUUCCUAUUUGGAAUUGGCAAAUAUUUAUGGAACAUGAAAAAGAGAAACAUUCUCGUCAAGUAAUUGAAGAAGCUCAUUAUAGUAUAAAUCCAAAAUCAAAUAACCAAACCAAAGAAAAUCCAAAUAUUAUUGAAUCUGAUUCUACGGAAGACGGCAAUAGCGUUAACCAAAAUAAAGAAAAUCCAAAUAUAAUUGUUCAGCAUAAAAUCGAAGUACAAAAUAUUAUAGAAUAUCCUUUAACAAGUGAUAACGAUAACUCCAAUAACAAUGAUGCACAUAACUACAUCUCCUUGGAUUUAAACUACAUAUCAGAAGAAGAACAAAUAUUAAAAGAUUCUCAAAACAUUGAGCCUAAAAGUAAACAAUGCAGAGGAUGCCUUCAACGAUUCAAAAGUCUGAGUUUAUUGCGUCGACAUCGUUUCUUUUGUAAAAAUAAAAGUAAAAAGGUUGCUUGCCAUUUAUGCGGAAAAUACUUUAGUAGAGUAUAUAUAUUAACACAUAUAAAACUGCACGAACAGCCACAAUUUAAGUGCAACGAAUGCCCAAAAAAGUUUUAUCUUAAAUAUGUCUACGAAGAACACGUAAAAACACACAAUAAAGUUUUCCAUCACGUUUGUGAAUACUGUGGUAAAGUGUCUAAAACUGCAAAAGCCAUGGCCGAACAUCGUAAAUACGCACAUUUAAAAGUGUGCAAAUGCGAUAUUUGCGAUCUUAAGUUGAGCUCUUUGAGCGCCAUUAAUAGGCAUAAAAAAUUUAUGCAUCUUGCACUUGAAGGCACCAACGAUGAACUAGAGGAUAGACUAAAAAACAAAAAGUACCCUAAAGUGUUUGACACAAAAACAAAGAAAAACCGUUAUGUAUGUGACGUGUGUAGUAACACAUAUGCUUCCUGUAGUGCACUAUUAAGCCAUAGGAGAAAUCUUCACUCUCUCAAACCAAGCGGACUUAAAAUAUUGAAAAAAACAAAUUAUAAAAAACAUGCGAUUAAAGAUGAUACCACCGAACAAAUGAAAGAAGAGAACAAAACUUUUAAUAAUAUCCUUAAUUUAUUAAAUAUUUUAGAUUAAUAUUAUACUUAUACUUACAAUUAUCCAACCUUAUUAGCAUAUUUUUGUAUUGCUUGUACAAAAAUGACGUUAUUGCUGCCAUUCAUCGAGUUUAUUGCGAAUGUAGUGCAAGUAAUUUCUGAUAUCGAUAUUUUUUUACUCUUUAUUUUCUACUCUUAUAAGCGAUAUAAAAAGCAUUUCUGAAUUAUUAAUGGAAUUCUCUUUACUUAGCCAUUUACAUGUUAAGCUAUAUGUCGCCAACCAUGUGCCUUGCGGUCUUAAAAGUAACAAGUGUUACUUUGAACCAACUUAUUGAUUUCUUUUAUUAUAGUAUAUAGAAUAUAUAUAUAUACAUAAAUUACAUUAAAAGUCUGCUCCAAACGUUGUUCAAUUAAGUACUUACGUAAACAUAAAAUCUCAAAUGUAUCGAAUAUUUUACAUUUUUAUUGU